AUGGAGAACAGCACUUUAUUCCAAUUCCCCAACGCGACUCUCCCGACUCUCCCGACGUGGAGUGAUAACAGUAUCGAAUACAAAAUCGUAAGCAUAUUAUUAGUGAUUCUUAUUUGUGGAAUUGGAAUUGUCGGAAAUGUCAUGGUCAUUGUUGUGGUCUUAACGACUAAGCACAUGCGCACCCCAACUAACUGCUACCUGGUAAGUCUGGCGGUUGCCGACCUCAUGGUCCUGACGGCAGCGGGGCUGCCCAACAUCACCGAGAGCCUCUUCGGCCAGUGGGUGUACGGAUACGCCGGCUGUCUCUCCAUCACAUACUUUCAGUACCUGGGCAUCAACGCGUCCUCCUGCUCCAUCACAGCCUUCACCAUUGAGCGCUACAUCGCCAUCUGUCACCCUAUAAAAGCGCAAUUCCUGUGCACCCUCUCAAGAGCAAAAAAGAUCAUUGUUCUCGUUUGGUUUUUUACGUCCCUAUAUUGCGUCAUGUGGUUUUACCUUUCCGAUACGGAAGAGGUGGCUUACCAAAACGUUAUACUAAUGACUUGCGCCUACAAAGUGUCCAGAAACCUGUAUUUGCCGAUAUAUUUCACAGAUUUUGCCGUGUUCUACGUUGUCCCGCUUCUGUUGGCGAUCGUUUUAUACGGGCUGAUCGCAAGAAUUCUGUUCCUCAACCCACUCCCGUCAGAUCCCAAGGAAAGUAGAAGGAACUGGAAAAAGGAAUCAACCGUGGGGAAUCAAACAAUUAACUCCAGGAGUUCAUCCAGCAGCACGACUGCAGCUUCUCGGAGGCAGGUGACAAAGAUGCUGGCAGUGGUGGUGAUCCUCUUUGCUCUGCUCUGGAUGCCCUAUCGGACGCUGGUAGUGGUCAACUCCUUCCUCAAAGAGGCCUACUUGGACACCUGGUUCCUUCUCUUCUGCCGUCUCUGCAUCUACAUGAACAGCGCCAUCAACCCCAUCAUAUACAAUGCCAUGUCACAGAAGUUCCGUGCCGCCUUCCACAAACUGUGCCAUUGUGGGGCUCAGCACUCUGAGAAGCCCCCCACUUACAGUGUGGCCCUCACGUACAGUGUCAUCAAGGAGACCUCCAAUGGAGAAAGCCCAGAUCACUACACCACAGAGCUAGACGACAUCCGUGGAGCUGCCGAAGAGCUAUUGCCUGGGAGGAAAAGAUUAUCAUUUAAAGAGCCCUCACUGGCUUGUAAAGGCACAUUGACUAGUGCUUAG